ACGCUGUUGGCCAACACUAGUGCUAGUGUUUUGCAUUGGCAGCACACUGUGCAGAGACCAUUUCAGUUUCAAAACGAUGUCGGUGGCCAAGAAGCACGUGUUGGGAUUCUCACCGAACGGUGGCAAGUUCUUUGCCUUGGUUGAUGAGAAUGGCAUACUACGAGUAUGGGACACUGAGCACAAUACAUUGAAGCAGGAAUUCACGCCGAAUCUGCAAGAAUCUGGUGGCUGUAAGGCGCUCACGUGGGUUACGGUUGCCGCGUCGCGUCCCAAGAAGAUUCGCAAAUCGUUGCCACCUGGAACACUAAUUCCAGAAAAGCUGUACAUAGCUCUUGGAACGACAAAGGGCUUGGUUGUGCUCUACUCAUUGGCCUCAGGAAACAUUGAACGCACUCUUGGUGAUGAUAGCCACAAUGGACCUAUUACGUCCAUAGCCUAUGACAACAAUGGACAUUUGUACACGGUGGGUACCGAUUGUCGGGCUCUAGUUUGGUCCCUAGCAGAGGAGCGCCGCAUUGGCGAGUGGUCAGUGGGGCCAGAGAAACCUCUAAAUAUCACAUAUUUGCCCAAAAGCCGCACCCUAGCGAUUGCCUCGCGUCAAAUCAAGAUCUAUGAUGUGGACACCAAAGAGCUGGUGGAAACGUGCACAGGACACUCGGGUGAAGUUAAUUCCAUUGCCAGUUUUACAUACCAGAAUAAUGUAGAGUACGUGCUGACCACGGCCAAAAUGGAGCGUAUUAUCUCGUUCUGGAAGGUGAACAAGAAGGGACGCAAUAAGGCAUCCACCUGCACCCUGCUAAUGGAAGAUGUGGCCCACAGUUUGGCUUGCGAGGUGCGCGACGAUGGACAGUUGCGUGUGGCAAGCGUUACACGCAAUGGCAACAUUCACAUCUACCUUUUGAAUGUGGAGAGUUUGUCGUCUGAGAAGUAUAUUAAGCCCAAGGUAACGCUACAAAUCGCUUCGGAUGGAGCGGAUACUGUGGAGCCAAUCCUUGCAGUCGCUGCUCACUUUGUCUACGAUGAGCAGCGUGCUCACGAGAUACUCUUUGGCUAUGGCACGCGCAGUCUGGUGACAUUCGAAAAAUACACGCCCAACUACAGCGAGAAACUCAAUGUGAUUGUACGAACGGAUCCAAAGAAGUUGUACGCGAAGAAGAAGCGUAGCGAUCUAAGUGGCACACAGGAAGCACUCAAGACCAAAAUACCUAUUGUUAGCAAAACGGAGGUGGAGUACAAUAGUGCAUUGCCCAUUUCAAAGAAAAAGGUCCAGAACGAUGUGCCCAUGGAGGCCCGUUUAGAGAGCUUGACCAUUGAGGCAAGCAAGCUGCCCGAUGGCAAACUGCAAAGCCAAAGCAAGACGCAACUUUUGAUGCAGGCAUUGCACAGUCAGGAUCAAACAAUGUUGAAAGCGGUCUUGGACGCCAAGGAUCGGGAGACCAUUAAGUUAACCCUGGAACGCUUGCCACUUGAGUACAUAAGUCCUUUAUUGAAUGAGCUGUCCACAAUGCUGCAGGGCAAGGCAGUCAAUGUUCGCUGUGCCUUGCUCUGGCUAAAAUCGCUGGUUAUGACACGCAUGAGUGUUCUAAUGUCCGAAGACAAAGAGGAAUUGCGCGACAAGCUGGGAAUCUGUCUGGGAAUUGCAGAGCAUCGUUUGCAUUGCAUUACAGAGGCAAUACAAGUGUCGGGUCGGGUUCAACUUGUCAUAAAUCACAUGAAACUCAACGCAAACAAUCACUUGAAUGAAGACGGCGUAUUAAUUGUUGAUGACGAUCAAGAUGAGCUAAAUGCAUCCCAGAUUACUGAUAAAAACUGGAGUGAUGUCGAGGAUGAAGAUAUCAACACAAAUCUCGUUUUGGACGAUGAUGAUGAUGACAACGAUGAAGACGAACAAAUGGAAGCCGAUGAUGAUGUAGCAGUCGAUGUUGAGGAUCUGGCAAUGACACAAGAUUCAUCGGAAGACGACGAAAAUGAGUCGGACACAGAUGCAUCUGCUGGUUAAUAGAAGUCAACCAUGUGUGACUGUGCAAAUAGUUAUCUAAAUCUAAGACCAAUUAAAAAAAGUUUUCCGGUUUUAAUCCAUAAAUAGAAGAAGACAUUUUGGUUUUAUUUUUUUUUUUUUUUUUCAAAUACAUCUUUAAUCCGCUUUCCGCUUUAGACCGGCAUUUCUGUUUUCAUAUUUUAAACUACAUCCAACAACAACAUAUAAUGUGUAAUAUUGUAACUACCAAUAGUGAGAUUAUUGCCAAUUUGCAAACAGAUGCUUUAACAUAGAAUUCCAAUAUGCAUGCAAAUAUAAUAAUAGUAUGUAAUCGUAGAUAUAUUGUAUGUAAAUUUUGUGCCAUAAACAAUUUGGUAGCAUUGAUUAUUAAUAAGUAGACGAUCCAAUUGAGCGAAGAUGCCAAUUAUUCUUCUGGAUUCGGUUGUGCCGGCUACCGCUUCUCCGGUUACAAUAGUUAUUUACUUCCAAUUUGCUUUAAUGAAACUAAUAAGUCCAUUAGUCGAGCUAUCGUGUCCGGUGACUUCUUCGCAAUGAUCAAGUUCUGGCUCAAUGGCCUUGGCCAGCUGCUUGCCGAGUUCAACGCCCCAUUGAUCGAACGUGUUGAUGUCCCAAAUGAUUCCCUGUACAAAUAUUUUGUGCUCAUAGAGUG